UAUUUAAGCGCCGGAGCAGGACAGCACAGGCGAAGCUCUGAACUCCCUGAGAGUGAAGGUAGGACAGGGAGAGGAGGCAGAAGAACAGAGCUCUACAGUUUUCCUGACGGCCAAGCCCACACACUCACACGCACAAAUACAGCGCAUACAAACACUCUCACGCACGCACUUUUGGACUUUCGACUCAAUUGUGGACUCCAAAAGCUGUCCUUCUCUGGAACUCUACCUGUGCCUUCCUCGCUCCCACUCAUCACUCUCCUCAACUCCUCACCCACUGUCCCUGCCUCAGCCCCCCGCUUGGUGAGGGCAGAUGGCCGUGGCGCGGGCCUCUCUCGGGGGUGCCUUAGGCUGUGCCCUGCUGGCCCUAGUCUUGGGGAGCAGCAGCAUGGAUUUCGGGGCACCCCCCGCAAGCUUCUACCCACGUUUCAACCCCUUCUUCUUCCUGUGCACCCACCACGGGGAGCUGGAGGGAACCGGGAUGACAGAAGGUGGGGGAGAGGUGCUACUCACCCUUCAAAUUACGGGGAACCCCAUCGCCUACACCCCUGGACAGGAGUACCAAGUAACCAUCUCCACCAGUGUGUCCUUCGACGGCCUGCUGGUGACCGGCCUCUACACCUCCACACCGGUCCAGUCCGCUCCCAUCCCGGCUCCAGCGGCCUUCGGCUUUGGUGUGAUGCACGAGCGACAGUUUGCUGGAACUCAGUUUGUCUGCAGUGUUGUCGCGUCCCACGUCAGCCACCAGCCCUCCACCAGCUUCAGCUUCGUCUGGAUCGCCCCCCCGCCCGGCACCGGCUGCGUCAACUUCCUAGCCACAGCAACACAUAGAGGACAGAUCCUGUUUAAGGAUGCUCUGGCCCAGCAGCUCUGUGAGCAGGGAGCUCCAACCGAGUCCCCAUUGAGACCCAGUCUUGUGGAGCUCCAUGGCAAGCAUGCUGUGCUGCGUGACGACUUUGACUCCAACCUCCAAGGAGAGCUGGACCCGAGCAUCUGGUCUGAUUGCAGUAACUGUGAGGUCGGAGAGCAGUGUGGUGUACUGAUGCACGGCAGAGCGGUCACUUUCUGUGAGCCCUUAGGAGGACGAGAGCUGACUACGGUACCUCUCAACACCAGCACAGCCUCAGUCCUGCAGUUUGCCCUUGGCUCAGGAUCCUGCCGCUUCAGUUACUCAGACCCCAGCAUCACUGUGUCAUACAGCCUAAGUGGUAACGGCAACACCUCCGAUGACUGGAUCACACUGGAGAAGAUCAGCGCCCCUACAAACAGCAGCACAGUCGUCCACCUGCUGCCCCUUCCCCAUCACUCCAAGUCUGAUGGUGUUCGUCUGCGCUGGUCUCAGGACGCUCCCCAAGGCCCCGAAGGCUAUGAGUCCUGCUGGGGGCUCGACAACGUGCUGCUGGUCAACGCUGCCCACAGAGCCCCCCUCAUGGAGGACACCUUGGACCCUCCUGACACAGGCAACUGGCUCUUCUUCCCUGGAGCUACAGUUAAGCGCGCCUGUCAGUCCGAGGGCAAUGCCCUGUACUUCCAUGGUGGUGAGGGAGUGCGCCACAGCUUUGCCUCCACCAAAGACAUUGACCUGCAUCGUGAGGAGGGAAGGAGCUACUGGGAGGAAGACUUUGAAAGCCCGCCCUCAAACUGGGACAUAGAAGGGGCUGUUUAUGGUACCGAGUGUGGAGAGAUCGAGUCUGGGUCAGCACUUGUGUUUGAGAAGGAGGGACGGAGGAGAGUGUGCACCCCCUACCUCGACACCACGUCUUAUGGAAACCUUCGCUUCCACUUUACCAUGGGUGGUGGCGACUGUGAUCCAGGAGAGUCUCAUGAGAACGACGUGAUUCUGUUUGGAAGGUCUGAAGGCCGGAGGGAGCGCAUGGUGCUCGACACCCUCACUUACUCUUCAUACAGGACUCCUGCGUUGGUUUCGGUGGCGCUACCCACUGAGCUACAAACAACGGUCACCCAGUUCUGCCUGGAGCAGCGGUCACAUGAUGGUGCCAAACGUCAUGUGUGGGCCGUGGACUUCAUGCAGCUGCUUCCUGUGCUACCUGGCACCCUCACACAUGUUGCCCAGUUCUCCAUCAACCUCGGUUGUGGCUCCUACCAGCCUGCCAACAGCGUGAGUAUGGAGUUCUCCACCAACCAGGGUCGCUCCUGGUCUCUGCUCCACACCGAGUGUCUGCCUGAGCUCUGUGCCGGACCCCAUCUACCUCACAGCACCGUCUACUCCUCUGAAAACUACAGCGGGUGGACCAGAAUCUCCAUCCCUCUGCCCAACGCUGCCCUGACGGACACGACACGGUUCCGCUGGAAACAGUCUGGCUCUGGAUCAGGCAACAUGUGGGCCAUAGAUAAUGUGUAUCUUGGUCCAGCCUGCCUUCGUUUCUGCUCUGGGAGAGGCCAUUGUUCUCGCACAGGCUGCAAAUGUGACCCAGGCUUCAGCGGUCCAGCCUGUGAGCUCGCCUCCCAGACCUUCCCUGCCUUCCUGUCGGAGGGUUUCUCCAGCCCUCGCCUCUCCUCCUACCACAGCUUCUCCUCACUUCGCGGGGCUGAGGUUAGCUUUGGCUGUGGGGUGCUGGCCAGUGGAAAGGCCCUUGUCUUCAACAGAGACAGCAGGAGACACUUGCUUACGGCUCCACUAGACAGUUCCCAGGCCAGGUACCUACAGUUUACACUUCGCCUGGGCAGCCGGAGCACCCUGAGCUCAUGUCCGGCCCCAGACCAGCCAGGAGAGGGAGUCCUGCUGCACUUCUCCUCAGACAACGGCAUCACCUGGACACUGCUGCAGCACUACCCUUACCAAGGCUUCCAUGAACCAAGGAUCGUGUCAGUUGAACUCCCGGCCGGUGCUCGUAAGUUUGGCGUUCAGUUCCGCUGGUGGCAGCCGUACCAUUCAGGCCGCAGUCACGAUGUGUGGGCUCUGGAUGAAAUCAGCAUGACCUCUGUGCUGUUCAACACCAUCAGUCUUGACUUCAGCAACGUGCUGGACGUCACACAGAGUCUUGGAUUCUACCUGGGCCACGUCCAGCCCUACUGUCAGCAUGACUGGACUCUCAGUUUUUCUGGGGAGCCCAGCCCUGGCUCCAGUAUUCGUUACGUGGAAACUCAGUCGAUGCAGAUUGGAGCAUCCUACAGUCUUCAGUUCUCACUGGUUAUGGGCUGCGGCCGCGAGCCCUCCCCUCACAUUGACACUCAGGUCCGCCUGGAGUUCUCCACCAAUCACGGCCUCACCUGGCACCUGGUCAAAGAGGCCUGUCUGCCUGGCAUGCCCAGCUGCUCUGAGUUUACAGCUCCCAGUGUCUACCACCCAUCAGAGUUCAAAGACUGGAGACGCAUCACUCUCUCUCUGCCUCAGAAGACGUGGUGUGAUGAUGGUUUCUCUGGAACAGACUGCCAGCCCUCCUCCCUCCUCUCCUCCAGUGUACUCUCUGACUUUGAGUCCCAGGAUGCAAUGCUGGCCACAUGGCAGGAGGUGAUUGGUGGGGAGGUGGUCACCCCUGACAUGGGCUGUGGGGUGGUCUCAUCUGGAUCGUCCCUGUACUUCAGCAAGGCCGGGCUGAGGCAGCUGCUGAGCUGGGACCUGGACACUGAAUGGGCGGAGUUCGUGCAGUUCUACCUGCGGGUGGGUGGAGACUGGUCGGAGUGUAACCAGGCCGACAGCCGGGAGGAAGGAGUGCUGCUGCAGUACAGCAACGAUGGAGGCAUCAGCUGGGGCCUCAUCGCUGAGAUGUACUUCACUGACUUCACUAAGCCUCGCUUUGUCCACUAUGAGCUUCCCUUGGCCUCUAAGACCCCCUCCACAAGGUUUCGCUGGUGGCAGCCUCUUCACUCUGGGGACGGUUAUGACCAGUGGGCUAUUGAUGAUGUGAUCAUUUUAUCAGAGAGGGAGAAACACAUCAUCCCCAUGGCCAAUCCAACUCUACCACAGAACUUUUACGAAAAGCCAGCAUUCGACUACCCUCUGAACCAGAUGAGUGUGUGGCUGAUGCUGGGUAAUGAAGGCAUGGUUAGGGAGAGCAACGACAGCUUCUGUGCCUCAACGCCCUCUGCCAUGGUGUUUGGACGCUCCGAUGGGGACAGGGUGGCCGUCACCAGAGACCUUGCCCUGCGCCCUGGAUAUACCCUUCAGUUUAAGUUGAACAUAGGCUGUGAGUCAGACUUUAGCGCGUCUGCUCCAGUCAUGCUGCAGUACUCUCAUGAUGCCGGCCGUACCUGGGCGCUGGUGAUAGAGGGAUGUUACCCAGGAACCCCUGGGGCAGGCAUCUGUGAGGGGAGCGGCCGUGAGCUGAGAGAGCCCACAGUCUACAACACUGGAGACUACGAACAGUGGAGCAGGGUUACUGUGGUCGUACCACGCAAUGUUGCUGCCAGUAAAACCAGGUUUCGUUGGUUCCAGGAGAGCAGCAUGUACAGAGAUGCCCCUCCUUUCGCCCUGGAUGGGGUCUACAUCUCUGAGCCAUGUCCAAACCACUGUGGGGGGCAUGGUGAUUGCAUCUCUGGAGUCUGCUUCUGUGAUAUGGGAUACACAGUGGAGCAGGAUAGUUGUGUCCCAGCUGUAGCCAGUCCCACAGAGCUGACAGAGGGCUUUGAGGGGAAGCUGAGCCCACUCUGGCAGAGUCUAAGUGGGGGACAGAUCGGAGGCGGCUGUGGCACCAUUGGAGAGGGCAAAGCUCUUUACUUCAGUAGCCCUGGGAGGAGGGAAGCGCGUACAGUGCCUCUAGACACAACUAACACACGGUUGGUGCAAUUCUACAUCCGAAUUGGCAGCAAGAGUUUGGGUCCCACUUGCACCCGGCCUCGCUCCCGAAACGAAGGUGUCAUUAUCCAGUUCUCUACCAACAAUGGUGUCCAGUGGCAGUUUGUCAGGGAGCUUGACUUCAGUUCCUUCCUGGAGCCGCAAGUGGUGACCAUCGAGCUGCCAUCUGCAGCCAAAACUUCCUACACAGUAUUUCGGUGGUGGCAGCCACAGCAAGGAAAACACUCGGCCCAGUGGGCUUUAGACGAUGUCUUUGUUGGUAUGAACGACAGCUCAAGAACAGGUUUCCAUGACAAGUUUGACGGCACGACGCCUCUGAGGCACAACUGGUACCGCAUUCAGGGAGGGGAGGUGACUGUGGACUGUUUGUCUCUGGACACGGCACUUACUUUCAACUCCGAGGCCAUUGAUAAGAAACCAAGAUAUGCAGAGAGCUGGGACUUUGAGGUUUCAGGAUCAUCCUUCCUGCAGUUUGAGCUGAGUAUGGGCUGCAGUAAGUCCACCUCCUUCUCUCAUGGUGUGCGACUGGAGUACUCCACAGACUGCGGCCAUCACUGGGCCCUCAUCACCCCGGAGUGUGUGCCUCCCGCCAUUGGCUGCGCUGGCUAUACUCAGAGCUCCAUCUAUACCUCCACCCAGUACAAACACUGGAGAAGGAUCACCGUCUAUCUGCCCAGUGCCGCCAAUUCCCCCAGAACUCGUUUCCGUUGGAUCCAAACCCAUUUCACCCCAGGAGCAGAAGGAUGGGCUUUAGAUAACUUGUUACUCGCCCCUGGCUGCCCCUGGAUGUGCUCUGGACAUGGUCUCUGUGACAAUGGACGCUGCAUUUGUGACAAGGGUUAUGGAGGUGCCCACUGUGUGCCUUUGGCCCCCCUGCCAUCUGUACUGAGAGAGGACUUUAAUGAGAACCUGCAGCAGGAGACGUGGCCCGAGGUGUACGGAGCAGAGAGGGGAACCCUGAGCGGAGAGCCUCUCAAAUCUGGCACUGCCCUUAUCUUCAAAGGGGAUGGUCUGCGAAUGAUAGUGUCACGAGAUCUAGACUGCGCCAACACUCUCUACAUCCAGUUCUCCUUUAAAUUCAUCACUAAAGGUGUCCCGGAGCGCUCCCAUUCAAUACUCCUGCAGUACUCUGUGAACGGAGGAAUCAGCUGGCUGAUGCUCGACGAGUUUUACUUCCCAGCUACAACUGACACUCUGUUCCUCCACCUGCCGCUGCCAGCCAGCGCUCAGACCAACGCCACACGCUUCAGACUCUGGCAGCCUUACAACAGCGGUAAGAAGGAGGAGGUUUGGGUCAUAGAUGAUCUCAUCAUUGACGGCAGCUCGUUACACAACCCUCCGGUGGUGAUCGACAGCUUUGAGGACGGCCCCAAUGAAUCCAACUGGCUGUUCUUCCCCGGGGGAAACACUGGCCUCUACUGCCCCUACCAGAAGACUGGAAUGGAGGAGGAUGAGUCAGCCAUGGUGUUUGUCUCCAGCGAGCUUGGAGAGCACUCCAUCACCACCAGGGACAUUGACGUGAACGAGAACACUAUCAUCCAGUUUGAGAUUAAUGUGGGCUGCACAGCUGACAGCUCCUCCUCUAACCCGGUGCGUCUGGAGUUCUCACGGGACUUUGGUGCCACCUGGCACCUUUUGGUGCCCCUGUGUGCCGGAGGGUCCCAGCCCUCCUCACUGUGCUCCACAGAGCUCCACCCUGCCAGCCUCUAUUUCCCUGGAACAACACAGGGCUGGAGGAGGGAGGUCAUUCACUUUGGCAAGCUUCGCCUCUGCGGGUCUGUGAGGUUCCGUUGGUAUCAGGGUUUCUUUUCAACUGGUUCUUCUCCUCCAACAUGGGCGUUAGACAACAUCUACAUUGGCCCUCAGUGUCAGGACAUGUGUAAUGGUCACGGGGCUUGUGUGGGUGGCAGCCACUGUGUGUGUGACUCCGGCUUCUCUGGACCAGACUGCUCUGUGCCUGACACCCCCCACCCUGACUUCCUUAAGGAAGACUUUGAAGGUGGCGCUAUAGAUGCUGAGCGUUUCAGACUACUGAGCGGCGGUAAGCCAUCCAGGAAGUGCGGUAUCAUGUCGAGCGGAAACCAUCUCUUCUUCAGUGAAGACGGCCUGCGCAUGUUGGUCACCAAUGACAUGGAUCUGUCCAAUGCCAGGUUUGUUCAGUUCUUCCUGCGUCUUGGCUGUGGUAAGGCGGCUCCUGACCCUCGCUCUCAGCCAGUCCUGCUGCAGUUCUCUGUGGACGGGGGUCUUACUUGGGGCCUCCUGCAGGAAUUCCUCUUCAGUAACAACAGCAAUCAAGCUCGCCUGGUUGCCCUGGAGAUCCCGCUGCGCGCCCGCACAUCCUCCACUCGCCUCCGCUGGUGGCAGCCUUCUGAAAAUGGACACUUUUUCAGCCCAUGGGUCAUUGACCAGGUGGUAGUAGGGGGCAGUGCCAGUGGCUGGGGACCUUUGGAGGAUGAUUUCUCCUCGAUCGACGGGCGCUCAUGGCUGCUCCACCCUGGAGGAACCCGGAUGCCUGUCUGUGGCUCUGAUGGGCCUGCUUUCGCAUUCAUAGAGAAGUCCAACACUCGCUAUGCUGUAACCACUGACAUCAGUUUGGGUCAAGACGCCUUCAUCCAGUUUGACUUUUCCGCUUCCUGCUCUGUCACCAACUCCUGCUACUCCGUAGAGUUGGAGUACUCUCUGGAUCUGGGUCUGACCUGGCAGCCUCUGGUCCGUGACUGUCUGCCUACGAGCCCCGACUGCACCUCCUACACCCUGCAAAGGCUGCUGGUCUCUGACACUUACAACAAGUGGGGCCGUGUUACCCUGCCUAUCCCAUCGUAUGCCAGGUCUCCAGCCACGAGGUUCCGGUGGUUCCAGCAGGCUCCCUUUGACAAGCAGCAGACCUGGGCGAUGGAUAAUCUCUAUAUUGGAGAUGGCUGCCCUGAUAUGUGCUCUGGACACGGACGCUGCCAACAGAGCUCCUGUGUGUGUGACACAGAGUGGGGGGGAGAGUACUGCGAUGAGCCCGUGGGUGCUCUGCCCUCACAGCUGAAGGACAGCUUCAGUCGAGCUCCCUCUCUCACCCACUGGCAUGUUCUCACCGGAGGGAAACUCAGCACUGUGUGUGGAGCCGUGGCCUCUGGAGCUGCUCUGCACUUCAGUGGGAGUUGCAGCCGUCAGCUGGUGACAGUGGACCUGAACCUGACCAACGCUGAGUUCGUCCAGUUUUACUUCAUGUACGGCUGCAUGAUCGCACCAAGCAACCGUAACCAGGGAGUGCUUCUGGAGUACAGUCUGAAUGGAGGAAUCAACUGGCACCUGCUGACAGAGAUCUUCUAUGAUCUGUACACCAAGCCUGGGUUUGUGAAUGUGCUGCUGCCCCCUGCUGCCCGUCAGGAAGGGGUGCGUGUGCGCUGGUGGCAGCCUCAGCAUGAGGGAGCGGACCACAGUGACUGGGCUCUGGAUAACGUCCUGAUCGCAGGCUCAGACCCACGAGCGCAGAUCUCUGAUACUUUUGGAGGCGUGGCACUGCCCAACCAUGAGAGAGCUGCUGCUGACGAGACCUCAGGGAGGACGGACCAGCCGGGGGAGCAGGAGGAGACUCCUAUAGUGAGCGAUCACUGGUUGUUCUCAGAGGAUUGCUCAGUGCAGCGUUUCUGCAGCUCUCCAGAUGGAGUGAUGGUGUGUGGCAAUGCUGAUGGGAGAGAGGUGUAUGCUGUCACGCAUGAUAUUAUUCCUGACAAGGGCUGGGUCAUGCAGUUCAAGAUUGCAGUUGGCUGUAGUGUGCAAGAGCGUCAUGCAGACCGGCAGAUUCAUGUCCAGUACUCAGUGGACUUUGGAGUGACCUGGAAGUACUUGGUGCCCCAAUGCCUUCCUGCGGACCCCCGCUGUGGAGGUCAGGUGUCCCAGCCGUCAGUCUUCUUCCCUGCUGAAGGCUGGAAGAGGGCGGUCUAUCUGCUGCCUGACAGCCUGGCUGACACAGCGGUGCGGUUCCGGUUUUUCCAGCAGCACUCAGACAUUAAGUGGGGUGUGGAGAACUUUUACAUCGGGCCAGCGUGUGGCGUCCACUGUGGAGGGCAUGGAGAUUGUCUGGAUCAGCGCUGCCUCUGUGACCCAGGAUUCAGCGGACCAAACUGCUACGCCAGCACUGCUCUGAAGGCCUCCCUGAAGGAGCGUUUUGACUGGGAGGGGUCUGCGGGCCCUCAGUGGCAGGUGCUGGAGGGCGGCAGACCCUGCACAGACUGCGGGGUGUUGGUGGAGGGGACAGCGCUGUACUUUGGAGGAGCUGAUGCCAGACAGGCUGUCACUGCAGACCUGGACCUCCGCGGAGCAAAGUUUGUGGAGUACUGGGCCAGGAUUGGAAGUGAAGAUAACAUGACCAUGUGCCACCGUCCAACAUGUCGUAAAGAGGGCGUGCUGCUGGACUACUCCACUGAUGGAGGUGUGUCCUGGACACUGCUGCAUGAGAUGGACUAUCUGAAGUACGUGUCGGUGAGGAGAGAUUACAUCGUCCUCCCGGAGCGAUCUCUGACCAAUGCUACUCGCCUUCGCUGGUGGCAACCAUUUACCAUUUCCUCUGGCCUUGCCACCCCCAGCCUGGAGAGAGCACAGUGGGCCAUCGACAACAUCUUAGUGGGGGGGUCAGACAUCAACCCUCCCACCCUGCUUGACACCUUUGAUGAUGAGGGUGUUUCACAUGAGGAGAGCUGGAGUUUUUACCCUAACGCUGUGCGCACAGCUGGCUUCUGUGGAAACCCCUCCUUCCACCUCUACUGGCCAAACAAGAACCAAGACAAGACACACAACAUCCUGGCCACUAGAGAGCUAAUAGUGCAGCCUGGAUAUGUUCUACAGUUUAAGAUUGUUGUCGGAUGUGAGGCAGACACCUGUGAGGACCAUCAUUCUGUCCUGCUGCAGUACAGGAAGGACGCAAGGUCUGACUCGUGGCAGCUGGUUCAGUCAGAGUGCCUCCCGUCCUCAGUCAACAACGUGGGCUGCUCUCCCUUCCAGUUCCACGAGUCCACCAUCUACAGUCCAGUCAACAGCUCCACGUGGACCAGGGUCACGGUCCAGCUGCCAGACCACGUCUCCUCAGGGGCUACCCAGUUCCGCUGGAUUCAGAAGGAGGGGACAGGAGAGCGGCAGAGCUGGGGCGUGGACCAUGUUUACAUCGGGGAGGCCUGCCCGGGGCUCUGCAGCGGCCACGGCUACUGUACAAGUGGAGCAGUCUGCAUCUGUGAUGAGGGAUACCAUGGCGACGACUGCUCCCUCUCCAGCAACGAAUUACCCAGCUCCAUCAAGGAUAACUUUGAGUCCGGCAGUGUUUCUACGGAGAACUGGCAGUUGAUCCAGGGCGGGGGGGUGGGCAGCGGCUGUGGGCAGCUCUCACCUCAUGCCCACGGAGACUCGCUCUACUUCAAUGGCUGUAAGAUGAGGCAGGCGGUGAGCAAACCACUGGACCUCACUAGAGCCAGUAAGAUCAUGUUUGUGCUGCAGAUCGGCAGCGUGGCACAGACAGACAGCUGUAACAUCGCUCUGGAUCAGGCGGACACAGUGGACCGGGCUGUGCUGCUGCAGUACAGCGUCAACAAUGGAGUCAGCUGGCACGUCAUCGCCCAGCACCAGCCCAAAGACUUCAUAAAGGCCCAGAGAGUCUCCUACAAUAUUCCACUAGAGGCCAGAGUUAAGGGGGUGAUGCUGCGAUGGUGGCAGCCACGUCAGGACGGCGCAGGACAUGACCAGUGGGCGCUGGACCAUGUGGAAGUAGUUCUCACCCGUAAACAAAACUACAUGAUGAACUUUGCCAGACAGACCGGCGCGCGUCACUACUACAGCCGCAAGAGGCGGGCACUGCACCAGCGUGCCUGAACCCACCGAGACGGGACUCGCCCUCUGACCUGCCAAUCACACAUUGACCGCCCACGCCCAUCCUUUUGCUCCUGACGACAUCUCGUCCUGCCGAGUCCCACCUACCGGUGGAUUCCAGUCAGCCUUUGACUUCCCUCACCCAUCUCUCCCUACCUUCUGCCACAAACACAGGCCAUUCAAUCAGCUUACGCCAGCCAAUCAAGGCCUUCCCAACCACACAGGUCGGCGGGAAUGAAACUCGGAAGAAAGGAGUGAAGCGGCCAUUUUGUUUACUUGUUUUCUUGGACAGUCGGGGUUUCUAGUUGUUUUUUAAUUGUUGCUGUGGUUCCUUUGAUUCCUGAUCCCACCUCGAUUACCCUCCCUCUGGCUUACCUCCCCGUCACUCCCCGAUCCCUCUCCUCCUCCCCGCUUUCCUACCACACUGUGAAAUUGAGAGAUAAUAUAUCACUGCUGAACUGACCAUCCGAUUGGAGAGUUGCCUCCCAGUUCCACUGAGCUGUCCAACCAGUACGCCAGGAGAAAGACCACAACUAUGAUACUGACCAUUAAAAAGGAAUGAUGCUGAUGAAGAAGCUCAAAAAAGAAAAAAAAAAGUGUACUGUGUUCUUGCUGUUCUGUGUGUCUGUGGGUUCUUUUUGUGAUGAGUUGACUGUGGUGUUCUGUUCAUUUGUUUGUUCGUUUUCUACUAAUUCAUAUGCUUUUAAGGGCGGGAGGGGGGUGCUGGGUUCAGUUUCCUUUUCCUCAUUUAUCUGAAACGGACGUGGGCAGGGUGGGGAAAAAGCCCGGCCUCCACUGGAAGAAGGAACUAAAAGAACGAUUUGCACGACGGGAAAAAGGAGAAA